UUUGAAACCUCUCAGCGGAAACGCUUGCGAGCUCAGCUAGCUUGUUAGCUAGCCUGCGCACCGAGUCUCCUUGCUGCCGCCGACAAAACGGUUUCGUGCGGGGCUUUCUCCUCCAUCACUUCCUCUUUUUGAGCAAUGUGUUGUCAGGCAGGGAGGUGUGAGGAGCCCGGCUCUUCACUCCUUCACGCUGCUCAGGAGCCAUGGCGGAGCGGACACUGAGGAGGGAACCAGCGGCCGGAGCACAGCGUCUCCACAGCGGCGGCUGACACGAGAGGAGGACGGAUCCACGUUACCUGCAGCACGGUCACAACUACUAGCGGAAUACAAUGGUGACGCCUCCUAAAGUUUUACACACAUCUUUAGCUCUUGUCACAGACGGCCGGUUCAACUUUUCAAUAAGUGGCAUUGUCCUAAUGUCGACGGGAUCGUAGCGACGCAGAGUUUGUUCUGCUUUUCUUUUCUUCCAGCGUCUGUCCUGUAAAGCCAUCUGCCCUCCGGCGUAAAUCUGGCGCACUGUCCCGCAGUGGCUCACAGAGCGCCUCUUUAAUAUUUCAAAGCCGAGUCAGCGGAGGUUAAUAUGGGGGCAAAGCAGAGCAGCCCGACUGCUAAUCCAGCUGCUAACGGACGGACCAGAGCCUACUCCGGCUCGGACCUGCCCUCCAGCACGUCCAGCAGCAACGGCAGCAGCGUUAGCAGGACUGCCGCUGGGGGAGCGAGGUACCACGCGUACGGUGCGCCCGGAGCCUCCGGAGCCGCGUCCAGCACCAGCCAGCACCUCGGAGCCAGGGCGAGGUCUGUGGGGGGCUCCGGAGGCUCCGGGACCAGACCUCAGUCCGGUAUCAACAUUCCGAACAGCAGCGGAGCCUACAGCUCCCAGGAGUCCGGCGGCAGCAGCCCGGAGGAGGCGGCGGACAGGCAGCGCUCGGGCGGAGGGCACGAAGGUCCCCGGCUGUUGAUAGGAUCACUACCAGCACACCUCUCGCCUCAUCUGUUCGGAGGCUUCAAGUGCCCUGUGUGCUCCAAGUUUGUGUCCUCAGAUGAGAUGGAUCUUCACCUGGUCCUGUGCUUAACCAAACCCAGAGUGACAUAUAACGAGGACGUCCUGACCAAGGAUGCAGGAGAAUGUGCAAUCUGCCUGGAGGAGCUGACACAGGGAGACACCAUCGCUCGCCUGCCCUGCCUCUGCAUCUACCAUAAAGGCUGUAUCGAUGAGUGGUUCGAAGUGAACAGAUCGUGUCCAGAGCAUCCAUCAGAUUAAAGCUUGGUUUGCACAGGUAAAGGGUUUCCUCAUUGUCACUGUGGGGUUUCUCUCCUUUAUGGUCUUUGAACUCUCUGCUGGUUGAUGACAGGUACUCUACAGUCACAGUGAUGUACAAAAUGAAAUGUGGAUCCAGGGAGACUGUUGGACACUGUGACCACUGUGAUCAGUUUAACCCCAC